AUGGCAAAAAAGAAGUCGCAGCGCAAACCGCCGCCAAAGAAUAAGAACAUUGUGCCUUUGGAGACGCAGUUCAACUGCCCGUUCUGCAACCACGAGAAGGUCUGCGAAGUCAAAAUGGAUCGAGAACGUAACGUGGGACUCGUCAAAUGCCGGGUCUGCCUUGAGGAUUUCCAAACCAAGAUCAACUACCUAUCCGAGGCAAUUGACGUAUACUCUGACUGGAUCGACGCUUGUGAGAAGGCCAAUGCUGAACCAACGAAGGCC